AUGGCUAAAUCGGCUGCAGAAACAUCAAAGAGGUUGAUGAACCUACUUUACAACCAAACGGCAUCUCAGAUCUCAAUAACAAGCUCCAGUCCUCGCAUUUUGAAACAGCUAAAUACAGAUACUGAGACCAAUAAAGGAAAAGAUAGAGGGAUAGGUAAAGACGAAUAUAGCAGCACUUCUUUACUAGAUGACCCAACUGCGUUUGCCCUUGGGAUCAAUAACUAUAACAAUAACUAUAACAAUAACAAUAACAAUAACAACAAUAAAGAACAUUUUCCUCCUACACCAAGCAGCUUUGCCCAUCUUCGGAAAACUCCGGCAAAGCAAGCGCUAGUCAACUGCUGGCCCAAAUACCAAUCCAACAUUCUAUCGUUCAGAUGUCCCAAUCUGUUUGUAACAAAGCAAGACUUUCAAAACAUACUUCCAAGGGAAAGAUACCAAUCAUAUGACAUUAAUCCAAAAAGUGCGUUUGAAGUGAUAAAAAGACGAGAAGGUGAAUUGCUAACGUUUUGCAACGAAUACUUCCUUGUAUUCAAAAACCAAAUCAGUGCAUGUGUGUAUAUAAUGGAGACAUCAAAUAAACUAAUCAACGGAGUUCCUCUAAAGCUCAACUUUGAACCGUUGGAAACCAUCACUCAACAAUUGGUUCCUGAAAAGCUUCGACGAUCUAAUUAUGAAGAAUUAAUCAAGGAGACUACCUUGUCAAAGACUUCUUUCUUCCAACUGACGGAAAAUGAUUAUGAAUUCCCAAACUAUAAACCCAUUUUGAAUAUUCUUGAUAUCGAAAGACGCGAAAGAUCAGUUUUAGUGCAUAAUUGGCCCUUUGGGUUAAUGCCACAAACUUUCCAUGAUUAUUUCAGAAAUUACAACUUGGACCCAAAAGAACCAAAAACCGUUGUACAUUCAGAUAUAUCUAAGGAAAUCAACUCCGUGAUUCUAACCUUCUCCAAAAAGCGAGACGCCCUAAGAUUUACACGCAACUUUCAUGGCAAACACUGGCUGAUUUUACAGGAUUAUUCAAUUACAAACGAAAAAGUGUUUUCACAACCUAUUCUUUGUGAGGAUAUCUAG